GCUGCUACCUGCGCACCACCGGGAGAGGCCACCUGAACCGCUUCAGCAUUUCCUUUGGGAUUUCCCGCGGGGAGUGAUGAACUCCAUCGACCCUCAGUCCCAUCACCAGCACCAGCACCACACCUCCCCUACCGUCGGCUCUCUCCCACCCAAAGGCGCCCAGGAGGCCCCGGACAUGGCCGCUGUCUACUGCGACAACUUCAGCAGCAUGUACCACCAGCAGAGCCUCCAGGGCGCACAGAGACCCGCCGGCUACGGCCUCGGGGAUUACGCAUCGUCUCCAAACCCGUACCUGUGGCUCAACGGGCCGGGCGUCAACUCCUCCGCGUCUUACCUGCACGGCAACAACCCGGCGUCGUUCAUCCCGCCCUCCUACGGCUCGCAGCGGCAGUUCAUAACAAACUCACCUGGAUUCGGUGGGCCCGACCUGGGCUGGUUGUCUAUCGCUAGCCAGGAAGAGCUGCUGAAACUGGUCCGGCCGCCCUACUCCUACUCUGCGCUCAUAGCCAUGGCCAUCCAGAACGCACACGAGAAGAAGCUGACCCUGAGCCAGAUUUACCAGUAUGUCGCCGACAAUUUCCCAUUUUAUAAGAAGAGCAAAGCCGGCUGGCAGAACUCGAUUCGGCACAACCUGUCUCUGAACGACUGCUUCAAGAAAGUGCCGAGGGACGAGGACGAUCCAGGAAAAGGAAACUACUGGACGUUGGACCCAAACUGUGAAAAGAUGUUUGACAACGGAAAUUUCCGCAGGAAAAGGAAAAGACGGUCAGAUCCGAGCAGCGCGGGAGGAGCUGCGGCGGCCGCAGCGGGGGCCACAAAAGUUGAGGAUGGCAGGCCAGCAGCGUCAGCCUCUCUGAAGCCCGCAGACAGUCCUCAGCUCCUGGAGAUGGAGUCGAUGAACGAGAACCACAAGAGUUCGUCGUCAUCGUCACCACCUGGACUGGCCUCAUCCGCUCCUUGUUUUAAUAACUUUUACAGCAGCAUGUCAACUCUCAGCUCGGGGGCCCCCAGCCGGCAAGGGUCCCUGGGACUGAUGAACGAACUGUCAAACAGGAACAUUACGGCCCUGAGCCCCUACCACCCGAACCACGGUGGACAGGACGCAGGGGUGUCAGAGCACAGCGAGGGCUUGCAUUUCAACCGUGGAGUGUACUACAACACGUUUGGCAGUGGGCAGAGCGGACAGUUCAACAGUCACUUCUACAACAGCUUCAGUGUCAACAGCUUGAUUUAUCCCAGGGAAGGGACUGAGCUAUAGGAGCUGCUUCGCCGCAACUUCACUCUCUUUUAGGGACUUCUUGCUCCGUGAAUCCCCCCCUGAAAAACACACAUGCAUACAUACGUGCAGUUCAGCAGAGAGGUCAGAGUGCAGGCUGUGCAGCGGCUUCUGUACAUCAUGAACAUAACACUACCUUCACUGAUCAGUUCACAGGAGAGAUCAGAGAACAGAAAGUCUUUUAGUUACACUUGAUUUAACUUGACAAGCACUCAAAUCUGUGGCAACACCAGCUGGAAAGUCAAAAAAAAAAAAAAAUUAGCACUUAUCUUUUUUAUUCUUUUUUAUUACUAUCAAAACUCCUACUUUGUCCUUAAUGCUAAAAUUAUAUUGGCAAAGUAAAACAACCACUGAAAACUUAUGUUUAAUAUUUUAAACAUCUAUUUUUUUUUGGCAGUUGGAACAGAAACUCUUCCCAGUCUUAAUGUCACAACUACGUCAUUGUCUUGUUUAAGAAGUAAAUGUACAUUUGAUAUUUUGCCAGUUAUGCCAAAUCCAGCCCUUAUUUCUUUGGAGCAGCUAAAUUCUUACAAUUGAUUACAUAUGUUGAAACUGUUUAUUCAUAAUCGACACAAAUCUGCCAAAGUUGCCUUUGUGAUACCGCCAUUACCUCAAAACAACAAUCAUAUGAGAGGAAAGUGUCCUGCUGUAUAUUUAGACCUUUUCCAAAUGCAGCAAUAAUUGAUUUAACACAAAUAUGAUCCAAAACAGGGCUUGCCGUAUUUUUAUAUCCUCUGGUUGACUGAAACCACAGCAGUAAGGCUCAUGUACAUACUUUAUAAAUGUGUAUUUUUGUAAAUUAUAAAGAUAGUUUGUGACUAUUUAUGCUAUUUAUGCUGAUAGGCAUUUUUCUACUGUUGUCUGAACGUAGUUUGAUUAAAGCAGAAGUGAAUAUUAGCUUAAAAAAAAUGUGCCGAAAACAGUAUCACUAAAACCCAGAUGUCAUAAAUAUAUAUUAAAACUAUAUGCUGUGUCAUGGUUUCUCUCAGGAUUCAAUGUGACAAUCAUUGAAUGGCUUUUGUAUCUAUUAUUGUCUCUUUUUUAAAUCUUUAUACAGUACAUACAACUUACAGGCAGUUUCAACUGUGAUUAUAAAUAAAUAUCAUGUGGUCUCUAUUGUAUUGUCAUGCAUCAUUUUCAAAUAGGGCAUCAGUGUAUUCAGUUCUUCAUUAUAAUUUGAAUGGAAAUUGACUUUCAUCU